ACCCAGGAGCAGCCACUUUCUCCCUUGGAAAAUGAAAAGCUGUUUUGUACCAAGUCUGUUCCUAAGGAACAUCCUAAACCAUGCCAAGUAUCCAAGCCUUUCCUUUGCCAUAAAUGUGGGAAAGGUUUUUGUAACCGAGUGCAUCUUAUCCGGCAUCAGAUAACUCACAUCGACAGAAAGCCAUUUGUUUGCUCGGACUGCGGCAAAUGUUUUGCUCAGUACCCAACGUUUUUGCUGCAUAAGAGGAAUCACAAGGGAGACGUGCCGUAUUCCUGUUCCGACUGCGGGAUGGUUUUCAGUCAGAAGUCUGACCUUUGUAAACAUGUCCAAACCCACACAGAGCAGAAGCCGUUUUCUUGCAAUGUGUGCGCCAAGUCUUUUAGCGCGAGCUCCAUCCUCAUUAAACAUUAUAGAAUCCACACAGGGGAUCGGCCGUUUGCCUGUCCUGUGUGCGGGAAAUGUUUCAGGCAGAAAAACCAUCUAGAAAAACAUAAAGUCGUUCAUUCAGAGGAGAAGCGUUACUUCUGCUGGGAGUGCUCGGCGUCUUUCCCAUCUGCUGAUGACCUCGCUAGUCAUAAACUUAUCCAUUCGUGCAAUAAGCCCUUUUCCUGUUCUGAGUGCGGGAAAGUGUUCAGGUGGAGGUCGUCGCUCUUGGAGCAUGCUAAAAUUCACACUAGAGAGAAAUCCUUUGCGUGUUCUGAAUGCCCGAAAGCUUUUAACUGGAAGUCCUCAUUGGUAGAACACCAGAGAGUCCACUCCACUGAUAAUCUCUUUUCUUGCCCCGAGUGUGGGAAGGGUUUUUAUAAACGGGCCAAUCUAGAGCAGCAUCAGAGGAUUCACACCGGUGAAAAACCAUUUGCGUGUUCUGACUGCGACAAAAGCUUCUCACGCAGGAGGAACCUGAAAAACGGCACCAGGCGCUUCAUAACACAAAGGCAGUAUUUCCAUGCUCUGAGUGUGGGAAGUGUUUUCAGCUGGAGGCCGCCCUUGAACAACAUGGGAAAGUGCAUGAGAAGAAUGCAGUAUUUCCAUGCCGUGAGUGUGGGAAGUGUUUUCAGCAGGAGACCGCCCUUGAACAACAUGGGAAAGUCCAUGAGAAGAAUGCAGCAUUUCCAUGCCCGAGUGUGUGGGAAUGUUUUCACGUGGAGGCCGGCCUUGAGCAACAUCACUUCCAGAUUAAUUCUGGAGAGCAGACUUACCCUUGCACUGAGUGCGGGAAGUGUUUUUAGUACCGUGUCAAUAUUAUCUAAGCACCAGCAAACCCACACAGACGUCAAGCCUCAUUUGUGCGCUGAAUGUGGCAAAUGCUUUUUCUGA